CUUGGACAAGGAAUUGUGUGUGGCGCAUUGAUUGUGGUGAAUUACUCACACAAGUACCAGUUUAUUGUUUCGGUACUGAUUGCAUAUAUUCAAAAUAUACACUUUGGGAUUUAAGUGGAUCACCGGACAGUUUGCUCAACUCCCCCCACAGUUGUCGUGCGUCACUUAAAGCGGAUACCGCGUCUGUUUGACAAGAAGCCAUGUUGAGCAAAUAGCUAAGCUCUAAAUGACACAUUUUUAGUAUCGCUACAGUAAAUAUAUUGUCAGAAGUGGAUUCAUAUUGAAACUCGGACGAAUGGUAAACCAUACCAAAAUGUCAGCGGACGAUUUCCAGACGAAGUACGCCUCUGUCAUGGAUAGCAUGCUCAAGAGUGCUAUCGCAGAGACCACGAAACUUUUCGAAACUAUGGUCGAUGAGCUGAAGGCAGAAAUAACCAGAAUCAAGAAGGAGAACGAGGACCUCAAAACAAGAUGCAGUCGGUUUGAGAGCGCGAGCGGCCAACCGGCUGUUCACACCAGAGAGAGCGAGUCUCUUCCAGGGAGAAGCGACGGCUCUGAGAAACGUGACACCGCUGUUCAGUGUGACCUUGUUCCUUUCUGCACAAUGAUUGUUGAGCAGUGUCAACCAUUGAGGCACUCUUCAUCGCAAAGUCAAAAGCAACAAUGCGGUCAUGAGGAGAUGGAGUACCAUUUGCAGGAGCACAACUAUACCCAUGGAGAUGAAAAUUCUGAAAUGGAAAUUAUACUUGUCAAACAGGAGCAGAACGAAGUUGAAUCCAGUGUGGUCUGCAGGCAAGUCCUGAGUGACAAAGGAGGGCCUUUCAUUAACAAGGUAUGUUCAACUGGAGAAAUACCCUCGCAUCAAAGACAUGAAGAGACCCAAGUGGCCCUGGAACUACCUAUUUCGGGAACAUAUAGUGGUUUACAAGGAGCCCAGAACCAAUCAUCCGAACCAGAGCAUUCAUUGGUCAUCUCACGCUCAGCAAUAACAGAUGACAUUGAAAUAGAGUCUGAAGCCAGUCAGAAGAUAUCAGAAGCUGGUUUACAGGGAGAACUCAAGGCAUCUGAAAAACACCAGUUGGUGGUUGCUCAGCCUCAUGAACCUCCUGAAGAACAGCCAUUAAUGGUCCCCCGACAAUGUCAAAGAGACAACGAAACGUCCGUAAAUGAACAAACUGAUGUUAGGCUGCAACAAAAUGCAGAUACGCAAUCUACACAGGAACAGUUUGCACAGACCACACCACUCAACAGCAGAGAAAUAUGUGAUAAAUUAAAAAAUGGCAUGGCAGAAGUUGAGGGUAGUUACCAGCCUGAAUUGUCAAUACGUCGAAGAGGACGGCAGCCAAAACCAGCUAAACGUCUGCAACAACCAGUGAAAGAAAUACUUCAGUCAUCUUCUUCUGAUAUUCCAGCAGAGCAAGAAGUGAAAAAAAUCCCUGCAAUGAGAGUGGAAGAGGUUGAGGUCUCAUCUGCUGUUGACACAGUUCAUAUCACUUCAUUUGAGUCUCCACCGGUGUGUCCAGUUCAGCCUAAAGAGCCAAACCCAGCUUUAGAAGAUGUGGAGAAGAGUAAGGUUGGUUCUCUGCUAGUUUCAGUACCAUCUUUAAGUAAAGGAUGUUCAUCUGAAAAGGAAAGCCCACGUGAAUCUCAACAACUUUCCAUGGUUAUUGAAGAAGGAGCAAUUCGGGCUCCAUCCUCUGCUGAGUCACCACAAACACCAUCAUUUCAGCCCGAAGAUACCCCUGUAACUCUUCAGGAUGCAAUGCUGUUUGUUGAAGCCAUGAAUCAGUCAAUGGUAGAAAAUACAUUCUCCUCUCCACAAAGAAUGGCUGCACCUUCCCAAGCCCAGUGUGUUUCCCUUGUGGGUGCCCUACAAACUGUGGACAAGGUCCCAGCUGAGCCAUCGCUUCCUGUUGAAACCCAUGAAGCUAUAGGCAGUCUACCCAUAACAGAGCUGUCCACAAAAAAACAGUCGACAAAAGAAGGACUUACUGCCCCUCCUCAGACCAGAGGUACCACACCAACCAAUGAAACUCAGGCCCACAUUAAGGUUGUCAUACAAAAACAACAGCAUGCAGUGUCUUUAUCCAAUACUACUACAUCUUCAGUGCCCCCAUCAAAUGCUGCAGUUCAAACAAGUGUGCAGUCACUUCAUCAGCACCGUCCCCUUUCUCUGACAACAUCGGUAGCACCCAGUAGACAGGGUAAAACAGUACCUCAUAAAAUAAUUGUUGUGCCAAGAUCAGUAUCCUCAUUAAUGCCUCAUAAACUUGCAGCACAGUCUCCAACCCAGACUCCUGCUGUUGUGUCAGCAGUAGUUGCGGCACAAAAUAAUAAUGUACUUCCAUGCUCUACAGCUGCAGGCUUACCUCUCAGAACACCUGGACUACACCCAGAAAAAACGAUUAUAAUUCCAAGACAGGUUUCAGCUGUACCGUCAAGGAAACAUCAGCUACACACCGUUGUUCCGACAGCACAGCAAGAGUCCGCCAGAUCAUCACCUGUUAUGGUGUCAUCAUCACAGUUAAUUUCUUCAUCACAGCAGUUAAGUGUUUCUGUGGAUACACAUAUGGCUUCAAAUGAAGUGGCCACAAUAUUGCCUCAAAAUGUGGAUAAUACACCUGACAACUUAGAAUCUCCCAAACAAACUGCCUCUGCUUCUGAAACGAUAAAUGCGCAGACAGAAACCUCUUCCAGUUUAAAUAUGUCAGUUGAGCUUGUGCCACCCUCCAAGUCUCCAGCAGUACCACUGACUUUUGUGCAAAAACUUUCCGCUGUGGUCAGAUUAAGCAGACUCCCAUUUCCAAUAUCAACCAAAGACUCAGUCUUUGUUUCAAGACUACCUCCAAAUGGAUCUUCUGACUCUCAGUCCAUUUUGAAAGAAGGUACCACACAAGAGCAAUCAUGUGUUGUCAUAUCAACGCAACCAUCAGAGACGCUUGUGUUACCCACUGACAUUCGUUCCAAUUUAAAAGAAACUUCUCUUGCUGUGUCUGCAAAUACCUCUCAGAUGUCAGAAGAGCCAAAUGUUAUCGAAGAGAAGGUAUCAGUAUUUGCUGAAAACUGCAUCCCUUUGGAAGAGUCAUCUAACAGCGGGCAUGUUCAGCCAUCUACAUCAUCCAAGGUGUCACAACCAGUCUUUGAGAAAUCUGCAGUGGCUGGGCCUUCAGCUGUAUCUGGUACACCUGGUGAACAUACUUUUAAUUUGGAUGAGGAAAUCAGCAUUGCAUUGCAAGAUGGUGUAUUACCUAACGGCCGACCUAUAGGAGAGAAACAAUCAGCUGCCCUCAUACAUCCAACCUCCAUCAUGACCAAGGACACAUCAAAUCCUCAUUUACAGAUGUUGAAAACCCAGUUUCUGGCACAGCUGGCAGUGUCACCUGUUCAAGUCCCAAAAAAGGCCCCCUGUAAUGACUCUAUAGACACCAGAGCUUCUUGUGCAGGGCCCAGCAUUAGUGACAAGACAGAGUUACAGAAAAAAUCCCUAUUGGCCCAACUUCGAAGUCACAUCAAAAUGCACUUGCAAGCUCGAAGAAGUGAAACAAAUCCAGAACCACACACAGAAACAGAAACCUGCUCUGUUAGCCCGAAGAAAUGUAGAUUAGAAAAUGACCAUCCAAUUGAUAAAAACACAACUAGUGAACCUGCUCUCCUUAGCCCAAAAAACCCAGGAGCACUUGAAGACGUCACAUCUCUGAAAAAGACAACUAAUGAACCUGCUUCCAUUAAUCAUAGGACAUCUGGGCUAUGUAUAGAUGGUGUUAAGCCAAAGAUGACCGUUAAUGAAUCAUCUGUCAGUUGUAGGACCUCUAAGGCUAAAAAUGAGUCAACUUCUGUGAGACCAGGGAGGUCUGCCUCAACCACAGAAAGUGCUACCUGUGAAAGGACAAAAAACACACGUCCUAGGAGAACUAUUUCAACGAGACAUAGUGCUAGCUCAAAAAAUUCAAAAACUGCUGAUAGUCCUAACAAUACUAAAACCAGCUAUGUGAGACCAAAGAGGACUAGUUCGAGUAGAGAUGGUGUUAGUCCUAAAAAGACUAAAUAUACUUCUGUUAGUCUUAGGACAUCUAGUUUAAGUAAAAACAGUACUAGUCCAAAAAUAUCCACCAAUGAAUCAACUUCUGUCAACCAUAGGAGGUGCACCUUCACUAAAGAUGGUUCUACCACUAAACAGAUUAAAAGGGAAUUCAAUUCAGUCAGUCCUAGGAAGUGUAGUACAACUACAGAUGGUACUAGUACUAAAAACAAGAGUGAGACGGAUUCUCAAAGUGUUCGGUGGCCUAAAUUGCCUAAAGAUGGUGUUAGUCCUAGAAAGUCUGGGAAAUCUACUUCUGUUAAGACACCUAGAUUACUUCAAGAUGGUAUCAGUCCUGAAAGCAAGGUAAGAGUGGUUAAUGCUAAGAAGUUAGCUCAAGCAGCAAAAGCCAAAACAAUACCAAAAAUGAGAAAUUCUCAGCAAUCAAAAUUGCUGAAUGGAGCUAAAACAAGCCAGUUGGCAGAGAACAGUCCUAGCUGCAACGCUGUAAAGAAAUGUACGCCUAAAGCUGUGUGGACUCCUCCUAGAAUGCCCAUCGAUAAAACACUUCCAGCAGGAGGAAAGAUGUCAGUGCACUUACCUGUAAAGAAAGAGACAAGAUCCCAGGAUCAUACAGUAGUAUACCCUCCGAGUGUUUCUCUUCACCCUAUACCUGUUAAAGCACCACCUGUUGUUUCACCAUUACAGCCUUUAUCAGUCAUUGGUAGGCGUCUGCUCAAGAACCAGUGUGGAGAGUGUGGUCGUGUUCUCAGCAGCAGUGUUGCCCUGGAAAGCCACGUUAGUCUCCACAAAGGUCGGCGACCUUUCUCGUGCACACUGUGUGGGAAGGGCUUCCCAGAUUCCAAGGGACUAAAACGGCAUGGGCGGGUGCACCGCAAUGGUCGGAUCCAUAUCUGCCAGAAGUGCGGGAAGGGCUUUGUCUACCGAUUUUGCCUCACCAAACACCUCCAGAUGGUGCACAGCAGGAUUAAACCCUUUGUCUGUCAGAUGUGCGACAAGGGAUUCUUCACAAAACGAGAUGUGGAAGCACACAUACGAAUACACACUGGAGAGAAACCAUUCCAUUGCAACCUCUGUGAAAAAAAAUUUGCAAGGAGGGUAGAACUAAAUGUACACUUAAGGUGGCAUAAUGGGGAGAAGCGGCACUGGUGUCCAUACUGUGGGAAAGGAUUUUUAGACUUUAAUAACCUGAAAAGGCACAAGUAUAUCCACACAGGGGAGAAACCACAUUCCUGCCCAUACUGCCCCAAGAACUUCACACAGUCCGGCCACCUGAAAAAGCAUGUUAAAAAUGUACAUAAAAUCCAGUGAGAGAUGGACAGCCAAGAUGCCACCCUGUUCCACUGAGAAAAAUAAGAUUUUCUGUAAUGACAGAUGUAAAGCCUAAUGUGAGAAUUUUUGGUUCGAAAGGGGUCUGUUGGUUUUUCUUUAUCGUAAAGUAUAUAAAUGGAGAUUGCAGGCUUUUCCGUAGAUCAACAUUGGAACUAAUACCCUUCUUGCUAACACUGUUCACAAAUGUGCAAAAUUUGAAUAUAGGAAUUAUGAAAAAAAUCUAGACAUUUAAAUUGUGUAACUUAGUAUGCACUGUGUGUCCAGAGAAAAUAGUUGUCAAAUUAGAUGUGAAAAUAUCCCAGCUCUACAUGCUGUUUUUCCCUGCUGCUUCUCCGAUGUCCACCCUCUCCAGAUUUGUUGAAUUAAGAGUUUAUUUCAACCAAACCAGAGUUGUUGAUGAUUGUUCGAACAGUGAAAGAAAAAUCAAGAAGGUGUUGUUCUUGUUUGUUUGUUUGUUUUUGUUCUGCCAAGUUUAAAGUGCGCUUUACGAUGAUAAUAUUUGUGUUUCUGUAAAUGUAGUCCGUUGGCUUUAGCCGUUAACAGACAGUAUGCGAUAGGAAUUUGUCCCAUUUGUCUGGGACAUUGAAAUCUUCCAGGACACGUUAACUGGCAGCAGUUGGAAACUCUGCACACAAUGUCACUUUGAUUGAAAAUAUAAUGUAGGUUGAGAUUAGGAGAUUUGAAUUGUUUACAAUACAAUUACGAUUAUGCAAUUAAGAUUCUAUAUAUUGCUGUUUGUUUUACUGCAUUGCUUUUCCCUGCUGUUACAAAAAUGGCAGUAAAGGUUAAUAAUGAUCUCCUCAAAGAAGGACUGUAAAGGCGAGUUGACACUGGACAUAAAGUGGAUUUUCAACUUGCCAUAUUGUGACCGUUAAAAUGUCUGCGCAGUCCGUGUUUAAUCCCCGAGAAGACAAUGAAUGUUACAGUUACAGUUGUCAUACAGCUCAUUAUAAGUGCAAAUCUUUUCACUCAUCUUAAGAGGAAAUGUCACUGUUGAUCCGAGCAGAUUAAAGUCUGAUUUCAACUGAUGUUCAUUGUCACUUUGUCUCACAUUGUGCUGUAUGACAAAAGACAGUUUAAAUGUUGACAUUGCUUUGGUAAAUCCUCAUUAUCCAUUGAAAGACAUGUUUGAAGCGUGUUAUCCAUUUUCUCUAAAUUCCAAUAACAUAUGAACAUUUGUGUGACGACAUUGACCCCUCUACAAUUCUAAACCUCAUUUAAGAAAUUGUGCAUCGUCAGAGUUUACAUUGAUUUGAUUGCUGUCAAAUCAAGAUGUAUAUUUUAUUGGACCUGUCAUUUGAGAAAACGGGUAAUAAAUGCAAGAUUGUCGGACU